AUGCAGAACCAUGAACUAUAUAACAGUGUAUGCCAUGACCAAGAGAAACUUUAUGCUGCAAAUCGUUCAAGGAUGGUUGGCAACAAUCAUCUUUCAUCUCAUUAUCAAACCGACUUCCAGCAGCAACAGCUGGCUAGGAGCUCAUUGAUUUCUUCUAAUAAUGGGCAUUGGAGUGAAGAGGAGAGAAGUAAAAUAGAGAAAGGAAAAGAAGGAGCUACUGUGGAUCUUAUGCAAGGGCUUAUUGCCAGCACUAAAGAAUUUAAGGAACAAAAUGAUGGCUACAGGGGGAAAAAACAGUUUUCGAGUCAGGUGCAUCAAGGGAAUUUCUCGAAAAAUGAAGGUUCAGGGGUUUUUGCUGGAAACCACAAGCAGGGGCAAAAUGGGAAUUAUCCGAAAAUUGGAAAUUCUGGGGCUUCUGCUGGAAUUCGCUAUCAAGGGUAUAAUAGGAAUAAUCAGGAAAAUUUGGAAUUUAGUUUUGAUAGAGGUGGGAAGACAGGAGGUAAAAAUGGGCAGGGGUAUUAUGGGAAUAUUCAGCCAGUGAAAGGAGUCUAA